AUUAAUCCAAUGCAAAAUCUUAUGUUUUUUUGCUACUUUAACAAGAAAUUAGCAUUUUCAAGGCUCUUGUCAUUGACAUUGAAUGCAGCAUGAGCGCUGUUUAUGACACAUUGCGCUUCUAAAGCUGGCCAGUGGAAAUAAUCAAAGUUCGAACGUCUCCCCAGAUUCCCUUGAAGGAUGUGAAGAAAAGGAAAAGUCAUCAAAGAAAAAAGGUUUGAGAGGUUUAUUCAGACACGUUUCACAUUCCAAGCAUUCACAACGUAACCAGGGUCAUGAGAAAGUUAGUCCUUCAACAAGUUCAGUAGGUGAGACUAGCUCACCGGAAAUACCAUUUCUGGCAAAUAAUCAACUUAAUCUUGGAGGGAAAUCAUUAAAAGGGGAUCAGAAAUCUGCGGGUCAAAAACUAGUAUGGGAUUUAUUUGAAAGAGAUGGUUCUACUCGAAGUAGCAGUCUAUCUGGUUAUGAGACACAAGUGCCUGUAGACUAUCCUAUAGAAGGUGGUGUUUCUCCUAAUCUUAAAAACAAAAAUAAUGAAAAUAAUGCUCUACAGUUUCCAAAUCCGAGUGCAUUUUCAGGGCAAAAUUCCAAUUCCAAUCUUUCAUCAUGUGCUGUUUCCUUAUCCUGCGCAACUCCUAUCAUGACAGUAACCAAUCCAACACCUGAAAUAUCACACCACAAAACCUUUCAUUCUUCACCAUCUCGUACACAUACACACUUAUCUGUGCAUUACAACUAUGAGGCAAAUGAUAUUCCACAAUCGUUUAUUAAUGUGAAUGGAGAUAUUGUGAAUAAAUCAACGGAGGAAUGUACACUUAUCAGUAAUCCUCAGACAUUAAUCUCAUCGUUAUCAUCAUCAUCUUCUAUGUCUGAGACUGCUGCUGGUGGUGGUGGUGGUUCUACUGCUGGUACUAGUGCUGAUACUGUUGCUGAUGGUGGCAGCAGCGGCGGUGGCGGCGGCGUCAGUAACACCUCCGAUGAUUCUGCUAGUCCAAUUGAUUCUGUACUGACAGCCUCUAAGAUACAACAAUUGCAACAUGAUAUAACACAACUUGAAGCGGCUAUAAAAACCAAUUUAAAUGAACAAAAAGAAUUAAAUGACCGGUUAUUUGAACAAUUAGCUGAAGUGCCAAAAUUUCAAUCUGAUGCCUAUGAAUCUUCAUCAUCAUUAUUACCAUUCUGUGAGGAGUCCAAUUCAUCUGAGGGAGAAAUAAAACGUCAUUAUGCUGAAAAAUUAAAGCUACUUAAAAAACAAUUGAAAGCACUGAAUGAACAACUACAGACAACACGUUAUGUAAUGAAUAAAUUAGAACUUUAUGGUAUACCAAUAGGUGUAUCACCGAAAGAAUAUGUUAAACAAUUUAUUAAUUCAAGGCGUAAAUCAUUUAUGAGUACUGCUUCAACUGCUUCACCAGUAUUGAAACCGAAGACAAGUUUUCCCAGCACAUCUAAUACUGGUAAUCUUCCAAAUGAUAAUUCUACAGCAUCAGGAUUAAUAUCAUCCGAUGAUGUAUGCCGUAGUCAUCAGUUGGCUAAAACUCUUCCAGCACGAACAUCUAAUCCAAACAUUGAUUCCUGUAAACUACCAACACGUCAAUCGAAUACACUUCCGGCUAAAUGUAUUCAUGAGACUAAAAUAUUUAAUACAGAUACUAUAUUUAAUCUUGCACAAUCUUCUAUUGGCAGUCAAUCCUUGUAUACUCCAGAUAUAAAGCCUAUACAAUCUUCACAAUCGUCAAUGUCAACAACAUCACAUACACCGUAUAAACCUGAAUUAAGUGGUCCAAUUAUGUCAACAUGUACUGCUACUUCUACCGCUGCUGCUUCUUCUUCUAAUUCUACUAAAACACCAUUAACUUCUCAUCCUACAGCACCGCAUUUGUUUCCGCAUUUAUCAUCAAAUGAACAUGUUUAUGAUGAUUAUACAACGAAAAUGCCGAGUACUCCGUCAAAUACUCGUAUGUUGAAUACAGUACGAACAGGUUUAGGGUCAUUCGGUCGUCAAUUGUUUCGAGUUGGUAAGCCUCGAUCGCAUAGUGAUGAGAAUAUCCCAGUGAAAACGAACUCUAGUUCAAAUGAUGAUAAUAUCUAUCGUAAAAAGGGUUCUUCACGUCCUGUCGGCUAUUCAUUAUUUACGCCUUCAGAUAAAAAGAAGAACAAAAAAAUUUCAAAGAGUCGUUUAGCUGUGUCGAAUUUAUUAUACCCUCCUGAAUCAUCUAGUAUGCUUUUAUCCGAGAAUGUAAUCAGCAGUAAUUCACAACCAAUACGUACUGGUUCAUUAUCAUCAACAAAUGGAGUGAAUCCUAUGAGUGUCGGUGGUUAUGAUGGUGUAGGUGGUCGUAGUAUGAUAAGUGGUUUAAGCGGUGUAGGAGUUGUUUGUGGUGGUGGUGGUGGGGGUACCGCCUCAAAAGACGAUACAAAUCCUGAUCCGUCUAGUAAUACUGGAGCAUUUUCUUCAUGGUCUGAAGGUGGAGAUAACACAUUGAUGCGUAUCUUUGAAUGCCUUGGUGUAUCCAGUAAUCAGGUAUUUAGUAGUAGUAGUGGUCAAAAUCUUAUCUCUACUGGUAAUAGUAAUAAUGUACCCGGUGUUGGAUCUUCGGGUUCCUCUGCUCUAUCUGCAUCAGGACUGGGUGUAUUGGAUAAAUCAAAAGCUGGAUCAAAAAGUCAUAUCAUCCAAUCAGAUACAUUUAGUCCACCUCAUGGUGGAAUAAGCAGUGGUGGUGGUGUUGGUGGUGUCGGUGUGGGAGGCGGAGGAGCAGGAGGUGUUGGCGGCGUUGGCAGCGGCGGAUAUGUUGGUUCAUGUCGCACAGAUCAUGCAUUAAGCAAUAUAUCAGCAAAUAAUUUAGCUCUUGCAUUUGCUUAUCUCUAUCGUCGUCAAGAAUGUCAAUUCAAUAUGUUAACAAAUCAACAAGCACAAAUAUUUCAAGAAAUUCGUGAUGAAUUAAGUGUUAUGCGAAGUGAAACACUUAAUAUUCAAUCUACACUGAAUAAUUUAACAACUGAAUUAGAAGCUAUUCGACGUGAUGCAACAACAAAAACUGAACUACAAAAUCAAAAGUUAGCUGAUGCUAGUUCACGUAUCGAACGAUUGGAUGCUAUAGCUGAAGAGUCAAGACAAGCUUUACCACAUGAAUUAGCAGCAUUACGUAAUGAGUUUCAUGAUUCAUUAUAUUCAGUUGAAUAUCAAGUCACUACAAAAAUACGUGAUCUAAGCGAUAAUAUUACAAGUAUUAACAAUAAAGUGAGUAUGAUUGAAAAGCCUCAUGAUCAAUCUAGCACACAUGGUGGAUCACAUGGAACUGAAUUGGAACGUGUUCGUCGUAAAGUUUUACACUAUCUAACAGAUUUAUGUGUCUCCUUUUUUGCACUUGUCACUAUGCUGCUACAAGUGCUUAUACGUUGUUUAAAUUUGGGUGCUGUACUAACAGAAAAUCGGAAACUUGCCGUCUGCUUUUCCAUGACUAUGUUGGCUAGCUGUUUACUUGUGUAUACAUCUGAUCCUAUUAUUGUAUGGCUCAGGGAAGAUAAUAUUACUGACAAUCCUGAUACUACAAUUCAUCGAAGAUCUCAUUACUGGCGUAGUAUAUUAAUUGCCAUUUUAUCAUUUUUUCGAAGUUUUUCACGUGGAAUGUCUUAGCAACAACUACAACAACAACAACAAUAACAGCAACAAAAUCAAAUGUAACGCUUUAAUUUAUUUCUUUAUUUUUAUUUAAAACAGGCACACACACACGGAUAUGUGCUUUUUUUCUUCUUUUAUUACUUUAUUCCACCAAUCAGUUUUCAUCUCAGUGGUGUGUCUGCUGUUCUAAGACAAUUGUUUGGUUUUCUCCUGGUGCUACCCCCUGUAUGUAUAUACAUAUGCUAUGUAUGCAUACGUUAAUUUCUGCCUAAUACUAUACUAUAUUACUGUUUAUAAUAAUAAUAAUGAUAAUAUUACGUACCUUCAUCAUCAUCUCGACUAUGUUUGGUGUUUUGUUGUCUGUCUUCAUAAAGUAGCAGUAAUCUAUCAUGACAAAUUUACAUGUGUAUAUGCUUUACUUUGUUUAAUUGCGUAUAAAACUCCUGCUCCUGCUCCUGCUCUUCGCCCCCUCCCACUCCUCCACAAAUUGUAAACCACACAUUUUGUUUUAAUGCAUCCGUACUGUAAUUUUUUAUCUAUAGUAAUACCAUUCGUGUGUGUUCGAAUUGUUCCUCUUCUCAUUUCUUUGAGAUUCUUCCGCUUUCAUUGGUACCCUUUACUCAUUUAGCUUAUUUAUUUAUUUAUUUAUUCGAUAAUUGUCUUUGGGAAAUAUCACUGUAUGCGUAAUUGUACUAUUGUCGUUUCUUUGUACUGUGUAAUGUAAUGUCUUCAUUUUUGUCGCGUUUGCUUGUUGUUUUUGUUUUAAAAUCGCCAUCAAAUUGUUCUACUGUCCCGGUUUUUAUUGAUUAUCCCUAUCAUCACUCUUCUCCGUUUCUUCUUCCCUUCUUUUUUUGUUUGUUUGCUUACGCAACACUACCUAACAGUCACUCACUGACUAAUUGCAAGACAAAAAGAGUAUAAGUGUAUACUUUGUACUGCACUGUGCUGUAUUGUAUUGUUGUUAUUUAUUUGUUCUAAAUACCCCCCCGCUCUCUCUCUCGCUCUCCAUCUCUUGUUUUAGAGUUCUUUGUCUCCAUCCUACCACCCCCUCUUCAAAAAACGACCUUGUUGUUGACUCCAGUUUUCAUUAUAUUUUCAUGGAAUUAUUUAUGAAUUUUCUUUCUCUCCAGUGUUUGAGUGUUAUAUACGUAUACAUAAAUGCCAUGGAGCACACGUCCUGUUCGCAAGUGAAGUUGUUUAUCCUUAGUUGUUUUCAUUUGCUCUCCGACCCCCCUCCCUCUCCCUCUGAGUAUGCCCGCUCCUUUUCUAAUCACAGUUAAUUUGAGAUUUCUCUACUCUUCAUAUUUUAUUUCUUUUCUGAGAAACUGAUUUUUUUUCCUGCUUGCCAGGCAUACAAACACACACUUGAUUGACAUUUUAUGUGCAAGCAAAUAGGUGAUUCGUCCGUCUUUCAACAGAAAAUUCAAAACAGACAUCAUCACCUCAGUAGAUUGUUACAAUACUCAUCUUCAUUUACGUUUUGUUUUGUUUUUUUCUUUUGUGUUACCGCACAACACAUCCUACAGAUAGAUAUUUAAAGAGAACAAGACAGUUACUUCUGCUGUGUGUGUUUGAAAAUGAGAUAAUACACAGGAGAGAAUUGAACAGUCCACUGUGUGUGAAUUUUUAUACAUCGAUGCUUUGCUUCUUCGUUUUUUUUCUUUUUUUAGAGUACACAAAAAUUAAUGUCUUUGAGUUCUUUUGAUUUUUCAAUUGUGCUUUUUCUUGCUCUUACACCAGUACAGUAUUAUUGAUAUAUUAUUGUUUAUUUGUUGUUUUCGUCGUCAUUGUCGUCAACGUUGUUUCCUUUAAGACUUCUGUUUAUUGUAUGCAUGCAUGUCCUUUCUCCUUUUCUGUUUCCUCACUACUUCUUUAUUUUAUUUUUGAAGGAAUAAUACGGAUAAUAAAGUCGUCAGUGAUUCGUUGAUCGAAUAUUAUGCACACAUAAUACAUACACACUCAUACAUACAUGCAUGCACAUACACACACACACACGAAUACACGCAUAUUUACACAUACAUACAUACAUACAUUAAUAUCUAAUUGUAAAUUAAAUAAUUCUAUAAUAAAAAACAGA